UUGGAUGGACCAAAGCUGCAACUCGGUAUAAAACAACUCCUCCUAUCCCUGCUGCAGAUUAGGGGAUGGGGGCAAUUUCUCUGGCACCGCUAGUGCUAAGAACACAAGAAGAGCCCUCUGGAUCAGAACAAAGGCCCAUCUAGCCCAGUAUCCUGCUUCAGGCAGUGGCCAAUCAGAUGCCUCUGAGAAGCCAGCAAGCAGGGCGUGAGGUCACUAGCCUUCUCCCACUGUUGUUUCCCAACAAAUCCACUUGGCUUUCCUAGCCAGCAACUGAAGGGUUAAAAGCAGCCUAGCGCAGACACCUGGACAUGCGUCAAGUUGGUUCCUGCUUGUAUUACUACAUUAGGAGCAGGGCUGGAAAUGCAAAGAACAGAACUUGCCUGAGGUUCCUGGGCAGAACUUUGCCUUCCCAUGCUUUUGCCAGCAAGGAUGAGAAAAAAGGAAGAAUCGGCGUUGGCGGUCAUUCUCUUCUGCCUGCUGGUAGCAACGUCUCAGCACCUCGAAGCAGGAGCCACCAAAGAACACGCCAACCCUGAAAGGCAGAAGUGUCCCAGUCCCUGCGCUUGUAGUUACGACGACCGCAGCGAUGAGCUGAGUAUCUACUGCAGCUUGCGCAACCUCACGAGCCUUCCUGAAGAUGUGCCCAGGGUUGUGAGGCUGCUGUGGCUGGACGGCAACAAUUUCACUUCCUUGCCAGCUCUUGCUUUCCGAAACCUCUCCAGCCUGGAAUUUCUCAACCUUCAGGGCAGCCAGUUGUCAAGUAUUGAACAGCAUGCCUUCCAUGGCUUGGAGGAACUCUACUCCUUGGUCCUCCAACACAACCGGCUGAGGUCAUUGAUGCCCAACAUCUUCCUCCACCUACAGAACCUGGUUUCCCUACAUCUCAACAACAACCAGUUUAGUAAGAUUGAAGAAGGCGUGUUUGCUGGACUCUCCAAUCUCUGGUACUUGAACCUUGGAUGGAACUCCUUGGUGGUCCUACCGGACAAAGUCUUUCAUGACCUACCCAACCUAAGGGAGCUGAUCCUGGCUGGCAACAAGCUUCAUUAUCUCCAGCACCAACUGUUCUAUAGCCUCAGUGAGCUGAGAGAGCUGGACUUGAGUGGGAAUUCCUUGAAAGGCAUCAAGGGCAACAUCUUCACAAAGCUUCAAAAGCUGCAGAAGCUCUACCUGAAUCAGAACCAAAUCAAUGCCAUUGCCCCGCGGGCUUUCUUGGGCAUGAAGUCUCUGAGAUGGCUGGACCUCUCCCACAACCGUCUCACCAUGCUGUUUGAAGACACCUUCCUGGGUCUGUUGAGCCUGCAUGUCUUGCGUCUUUCCAGCAAUUCCAUUGCCAGCCUGAGGUCAAGGACCUUCAAAGAUCUCCAGUACUUGGAGGAGCUGCAGCUGGGAAACAACAAGAUCAGAAGCUUGCAGGAAAGGGCCUUCGACAAGCUUAGUCAACUGGAGGUUCUUACACUCAACAAUAACCAGCUCCAAGAGAUCAGGACUGGAGCUUUCCUUGGCCUUUCCAACGUGGCUGUGAUGAACCUCUCUGGGAAUUGCCUUAAGACUCUUCCGGAUUUCACGUUCAGGGGACUGACCCAACUGCACAGCCUCCACCUGGAAAACAGCUGCCUCAGUAGGAUCAGGCCACAAAUGUUCUCCAACCUUUCCAGCCUCCGGAGGCUGUUCUUGCAACACAACGCCAUUGCAGCCAUCGAGGAGCACAGCCUAAGCGAUCUGCAUGAACUCCUUGAUCUGGACCUCAAGCACAAUCGGCUGAGCAGACUCUCCCCUAACCAGUUUGCUGGCCUCCGGAAUUUAGAGUAUCUCCUCCUUUCCUCCAAUCAGCUGCAAGAGAUCUCUCCCGAAGCCUUCGCCCCACUUCUGCGCCUCUCCUGGCUCGACCUCUCCAAUAACUUUUUAGAAACACUGGAGGGUGACGUCUUUAAGUCCUUCUCCAAACUGGAAUAUCUGAACAUCAGGAACAAUUCGCUCAGAACCUUUCCGGUGGGUUGGCUGAGCCCUUUGCCGACGCUCGCCCAGCUAUGGCUGGAAGGGAACAAGUGGCAAUGCAAUUGCUCCCUGAAAGGACUUCGAGACUAUGCCCUGGAGCACCCCAGUGUGGUCCUGCGGUACACGCAGUCCAUCACAGAAGGGGACACUCCUGUAUAUACCUACAACAACAUCACUUGCCUUAGCCCAAGGGAGGUGGCGGGACUUGACCUACGGGACCUCCCAGAAACCCACUUUGCUGACUGCUGACUGCUGGCCUUUCCGCUCGGUUCCUCCAAAAAAACUUUCUGCUUUCUGUAUGGUUGGCGUUGGCAUGAUCUCCUGGAGCCAAUGAUUCGACUGAAUGCGUCUUUUGCAAGGGUGGCCUAAUUUUAUUUGGCCCUGGCCUAAUUUCAAGAGCCCUUUGCAAGUGACUGGUUAAGAGCUCUGGCAAGAGAGAACCGCCCUUUCCCCAGUCGCUCACUGGGUGGGGAAGAAGAGGGGGUGACAGAGAGAGAGAGAGAGGGAGGGUGGUGGUGGUCCUACUUUUGACUCUGGCCAUUCCAUUCAUAGCUGGCAUGGUGGCCCCUGGCAGAUUACUCUUAAGGGAAUGUAGCCCUUAACAGAAAAAGGUUGCCUGUCCCUGUUCUAUUGGAAAAGAUGGCUGGCCCCAUCCCUGUGAAACUCACCCUCCGGUUCUUUCCCCUUACUUUCUGGAGUUGUUAUUCCACUGCAGGCAGAAUUUUGAUAAGGGUUCCUUUUCAAGCAGGCAUUCCCGAGGGUCUGCGCAUGUGUUUGAAAACCUAUUGGACAUUUACCCUCGUCUAGUACCUUCAGGGGCUGGAGACCCGACCACGGGAGUCUGACACAACGCACACAACAUGCCCAAGCCCGUUUUAUGCAAUCAAAUAGGGACCCAGCAGAGACCGGAGAUGCAAUGAUGCAGCAGAUGCUCCAUCUGGCAAGAUAUACCCAUCAGUCCUUGCACCAGCAGGUGGCAUCCUUGGGCAGCUGCUAGGGGUCUUAAGGUUCUGGAAGGGCCCACCACUGAUGUUGCUUGCCCUGGGUACCUUUAACCCUCCUUUGUCCACAGAUGAGCUCUUGAGAGUCUCCCACAUAGUGCCACUAAAGGGUCAUUGUGGGAAAUUAAAACGGUGCGCUUGUUAAAAAUCCACGCUGGGGGCAACCUGGUGCUGAUGAGCUCACUACUGUAGGCUGCUGCUGCAAGUUAAACUUGUCGGGGCAGGGGGGACCUGCACUGAAGUGGGAGCCCACUCCAUUAUCUAUAGGAACAUAGGGAAGUGCCUUCCACUGAGUCAAACCAAUACUAGCAUAACAUUGUCAACACUGACUGGCAGCAGCUCUCCAGGAUUUCAGGCAGGAGUCCCAGCUCUACCUGGAGAGGCAGGGGACUGAAACUGGAACCUGAGCUAAAGCCCUUCAGCUGCUUGCCAUGUAGUGCUGGCAAUUCAAACAUUGCAAACCUCAUCUCCCUCUCAUGUGCGCUUUGGUGCAGACAAGCAAUAGAAAGGAACACCUGCCUCAAAUUUCAUGGUAAAAACCUCUGUGCCUUUCAUAGGUCUGGUUACGCUUCAAGUAAGCUCCAUCCCGUUGCUUGCAAUGUGCAAACGCACCUGCAAUCAGGGCUGUGGAGUCGGAGUCGUGGAGUCGGAGUUGGUAGAAAUGUACCGACUCUGGCUUCAAAAUAAAUUUUGAUUCACAAAUUUUUUAAAAUAUAAACUCAAAAUGUCAAAGAAGCUUCCCAUGAAGUCAGCUGUAGUUGAGCAUUUCACCAUAACUCAAGAUGGAAAACGUUUUGAGUGUCAGUGUAUGACACAGGACCCAGAUGAAGACAAAUGCUGUGAUGCCAAGAUCAGCGCAUACUCAGGCAGCGAUAAAAAUGCUCCUACGAGAGCUUCCAAUUUAAAAAGACAUUUACAGCCCUUUCGAGGGCUGUGGAGUUGGAAGCAAUUUUGGGUGGAGUCGGAGUCGGUAGAAAUGUACCGACUCCGACUCCUUCAUAAAUGGCAAAUGUAUAUUAACUAGUAAUAACAAAUUUACUGUAGUAAAAUGGUGGCACAAGGCAUUUCAUCACCACCACGUGAUGCUUGGAAAAGGUACUUUUUUGAACUACAGCUCCCACGAGCCCAAUCCCUGGGGCUGAUGGGAGUUGUAGUUCAAAAAAGUAACUUUUCCAAGCUCUGGAUUCACGUGGUGGUGAUGAAAUGCCUUGUGCUACCAUUUUACUACAGUAAAUUUGUUAUUACUAGUUAAUAUACAUUUGCCAUUUAUGAAGGAGUCGGAGUCGGACAGUAGAAAAAUAGAGGAGUCGGCGUCGAGGGUUUGGCGUACCGACUCCGCAGCCCUGCCUGCAAUCAUUCCAUCUUUAGGUCACCAUCUAUCCUCUCUGUACACCUUUGGCCAAUAGGGUGAUAUGGUAAAGGGGGAACAGGCAGUACAGUUUCCCCCCUACCUCUCUCUCUCCCAUCCCCCCAAAAUCCCCACAACAAGCUUCCCACUUUGGGGAAACAGCUGUAAAACAUUAACAUUUUAGCAUGGCACAUAGUCAAGAUGGCCUCAUGACGGGAAACCCAUUUUUGGGAGGGUGGGUCAUUUUAAAAAUCCUCACGUUCGGCAGCUUUCCCCAUGGAUGUCACAUACCCAAUAAAACACAAUAGCUAAUAAA